AUGGAGUUUUUGGAUAAAGAUGAACUCUGUUUUCCAAAACUCAUUAACACGUCCUGCAAGAAAUCCAUGCAGCUUCAUUCUGAGAACAUUUUCAUUUAUGUGCUGCUGUCCUGCAUCUCGUUUGUGACCAUAACUCUCAACCUGCUGGUCAUCAUCUCCAUCUCCCACUUCAGGCAGCUCCACACACCGACCAACCUCCUUCUCUUGUCUCUGGCUGUCUCAGACCUGCUUGUUGGACAGCUGCUGAUGCCUUUUCAAAUCACAUUGUUGGGAGGAUGUUGGUAUUUUGGAAACUUCAUGUGUGUAGUUGUAAAAUACAACUGCUUUAUUUUUACCUCUGCCUCGGUCGGGAACAUGGUGCUCAUAUCAGCUGACCGAUAUGUGGCCAUCUGUGACCCUCUGCAUUACCAAACCAAAGUCACUAACAGUAGAAUCAAAAUCUGUGUGUGUGCAUGCUGGGCUUGUUCUGUCUUCUAUACUGGGGUGAUUCUGACUAAUUUUUUUAAGGAUCCUGACAGAUAUAACUCCUGUGUUGGUGAGUGUGUACUUUUAGUUGAUUUCAUGAUACAGGCUUUUGAUUCAGUAAUUACUUUUUUUGGCCCCAUAAUGCUCAUCACCAUUCUGUACAUGAGAGUAUUUGUGGUGGCGGUGUCUCAGGCUCGAGCCCUGAGGUCUCAUGUUGCAUCUGUCACUCUGCAGGGUUCAGUUCCUGUAACUGCUAAGAAGUCAGAGAGAAAUGCAGCCACAGCUCUCGGUGUUGUUGUGCUGGUGUUUCUAAUAUGCUUCUGUCCUUAUUUUUAUAGUGUUCUUGCUGGCCAGGAUUAUCCAUUUGGUAAAGAAAUAUCAGAUUUUGGACUUUGGCUGCUUUUUUGUAACUCUUGCAUAAACCCACUGAUCUACACGUUUUUCUACCCCUGGUUUAGAAACUCUGUUAGACUUAUUGUUACUUUUCAAAUAUUUCAACCUGAUUCCUGUGAUGCCAACAUAAUGAAAUGAUGAUGUUGUAACUUUAAGGGUCAAACUCAAUAUUACAAACAUUGUUCUAAAUUGAU